AUGACCUACCCCGUCCAAAAGACCGACGAGGAGUGGCAAGCCGUCCUCUCCAAAGAACAAUUCCGCGUACUACGCAAGCAAGGCACCGAAGCUCCCUUUGUCGGAAAAUACGACAAGCACAUGCCCGAAGAGGGCGUCUACAAUUGCGCCGGCUGCGACGCCCCCCUUUACAAGGCCAACCAUAAGUUCGUUUCCGGGUGCGGGUGGCCGGCUUACUUCGACAACAUCCCCGGCGCGGUGACCCGGCAUGAGGACCGCACGCUGGGGAUGACGAGGACCGAGAUUGUGUGCUCGAAUUGUGGGGGGCAUCUGGGACAUGUGUUUAAGGGAGAGGGCUACAAGACGCCGACGGAUGAGAGGCAUUGCGUCAAUAGUGUUAGUAUGAAGUUCUCGCCCGAGGAUAAGGUGGAAGAUAAGCCGGACAAUCGGUCCACUUUUCUUGCCACCUCAACUAGGCAGGAACCCCAUGGUCUUAUAGCUUGUCUCCCACAAUCAUCGCGUCCCAAGAGCGUCACCGAAGCCGGGGAAAGAACGAGAGACGGCGGUCCGAGUGACCUCUUCGACGCGACGCUAGAAUCUCAAUCACGGUCUGUUGUUCCAAAGUUGUCUGUCGGUACAUCCAUAUCGCCCCGACGUAGCUGGGGGAAAAGGCCAGCUCGCUUAUACGAGUACGUAGGUAGGUAUGCCUCGGUUACGGACGAGCAUGCUUCGCUUCGGGUGGCAUACCCCCAGGGACCCCCCAACUUCCCUGGAAACACUCUUCCAUAG